CGGUACAGCACCAGCUGUCCUUCUUGGAUAUUUAAUUCCUUAAGACGCAUUCUUGGUAUACAAAUUCCUGCGUCUGCUCUUCAGCACACUUCUUCGUCUGUACCUCCGCAUGGCGCUUCUGCGGCACAACGGUCCGCAAUAGCGAAACAAAGGAGCUAGGAUCUCGUGGUGUUCAUUCUCUUAUAUCUGGUCUUUUCCCGUUGCUCACAGGAUCUCCAUUCUGGCAUUCGGGAUACCCUUCGAUGUUUUGAGCUCAGCAAUACCUUCAUCCAACGACCAGAGGGCUGGUCUUAACUUCAGACUUUUUUCAGUAUGUCUUCAAGACAAAAGACUGUGAAGAAGCCAAAGGCAGCUAGAGAGGCGGAAAAACAAGCACGACAGCUUCCAACAACAACCAUACUCAAGAAUGUCGGACGAGCAGCAGCUUUGCUCCUUAUUGCGGGAAUCGCUUCCCCGAUCUCCCAGCUCAAUCUUUCUCCGGUAUACGGCUCCAUUCCCGCAUCUCUACACCAUCAAAGGAGCAUGACCUUCACAGCGGUUGCUGCCUUAAUCGGAAGGGGAACACUGAGGAGAUACUUUCCCUCUGCGGCCUCCGAGUACAUCGCUGUCGUUGCAUACUGGACUCCGGUCAUCCAGUUCCUCCUGUUCCAGUACAGUGGCCAGCUUGGAAUCGACUAUGGCCCAUUGCUUAUAGAAUCCCUCACAUAUUUGCCCUUGCUAUUUCUCUCAGUAUACGCAGCAGCCGACCUCCUGGACACGAUCGACCUGAGUCAAUUCAAUCUUCCGACGUCGAUCGCGGAAAUACUGUUCCCAACAGCGUCGUACUUCACCGUCUCCACCACGUCGAAAAUAGUAGGAGCCAUUCUUCCGUCUCUGGUUGGAAACCACAUCUACUUCACUCGAAUUGGUUUUCAAAUGCUAGUUGGAUCAGCUUCUGCUUUCCUGACUCCUUCUAGGGUGGUUUUGUUGGCCUUUCCAGCUAUUCUGCACACCUUGUGGGCAAAUCCUCAUCACCCGUCAGAGUACGCUUUUCAGAAGGCCAACGCGACUCUCACCUCUUCCCAGAACUUCACGCUUCUAGCCCGCCAAGAAUCUGUCACUGGAUAUGUCUCAGUCCUGGAAAACCACGAGGAUGCUGCUUUCCGCAUUCUUCGCUGCGAUCACUCCCUACUUGGCGGAGAAUGGAUGGUGACACCUUCGGCAUAUGCCAAGGGACAGAGACAGCGGGAAACCAUCUUCUCCGUCUUCGUGCUCCUAGAGGCCGUCCGCUUGGUCGAAGAUGAAGCAGCAGACAUUGAGCCAAUUCCUGACUCCCAAAAGUCAGCUCUGAAUAUCGGCCUCGGCAUCGGCACCGCCCCGAAUGCCAUGAUCUCACACAGUAUCAACACCACCAUCGUGGAGCUCGACCCAGUUGUCCAUCAUUACGCCACCAAAUACUUCGACCUCUCGCCCAACCACACCGCCGUCAUCGACGAUGCGGUCCAAUACGUCCACUCCAAAUCCAAAACCAACCCGGGCUCUUUCAACUACAUCAUCCAUGACGUCUUCACUGGCGGCGCCGAACCCGUUUAUCUCUUCACGCAAGAAUUCUUCCAAGGAUUAUAUACCCUCCUCACGGAUGACGGCGUCGUAGCCAUCAACUACGCCGGCGAUCUCUCCCUCGGCUCAACACGCCUUGUCCUCAACACCAUUCACUCCGUGUUCCCCGCCUGUCGCUUGUUCCGGGACUCACCGCCUCCGGCGAAUUGGAAGCCCGGCGAUCCGGACUUCAUCAACAUGGUCGUCUUCUGCGUCAAGAAUGAUCACAACAAGGGAAAACUUGCGAUUGGGUUCAGGAAGGCGGACGAGGAUGACUUCAAGGGCAGCAUUGCACGGAGGAACUUUUUGCAGCCGAAGCCGGACCAGGAGAUUAACUAUGAGCUUGUAGAGCCGGAGAGGGGCGGGAAGGUGAUGCGGAGGGCGGAUGUGGGCGAGUUGGAGAAGUUCCAUAAGCAGGGGGCGGUUAGCCAUUGGAGGAUUAUGAGGACUGUGCUUCCGGAUGGUGUGUGGGAGAUGUGGUGAGGCUUUGAGGUCGCAUUGAGGAUUGACUCCAGGAAAUUAAGACCUUUGCACGAAAAAGACCGAUGAGAUAGCUUAAGG